GUGUCACUUUCCCUCUCCCCCACCUUAUCACCAAAACCACCACCACCACCAACACCGCCACCUCUAACAAUCCUCUCAUCUGCAUUCUCACCUGAGCGUCCAAUUAGUAAACACCUCAGCACAGCAAGAUGGCCGUGCGGGGGGUCGUAGGAGCAGUGGUGGUGGUGGUGGUGGCACUGGUCAGCGUGGCCCUGUGUCUUCCGAGUGGCAGGGAGGACGUUAAGUGUAUCCUGGGCGGGUACGAGCUGAAGAAAGUGCCAGACUACAACUCGGUGCUCGGUGGGAGCUACACAAUGAUCCUGGAAGUAUCGAGUGUGACCGACAAAACCACAGUGUACGUGACUGAGGUGCACGAGCGACACAUCUACCAUGACGUAUUUUCGGACGUGGUGGGCGUGAUGCUGGAGGUGAACGGGUCUUCGGUGGUGUACCAAUACUACCCCGAGAAGAACGUGUUCGUGGAGGAAUACAACGAAGAGUGUCAUGAGGUGGCUGAGCCCCCGACCUUCCCCUGGGGCUGGUGGGACACGGACCCGAAACACGGGUCAAACUCCUUCGGGCCCUCGAGUAUCCUGCGCCUGGCAUCCAACAUUACCACGGAGUUAGUGGGGGAGGCAACACUGGACGAAGGCAUCAUGGUUACCCACUACAAGGGCUGCUCGGAGGAUGGCAGUGUGGAACUCAACUUCUACUAUUCCCGCCCUCCGUGGGAUAUGCCCGAGGAGAAUUACUUCAUCACCGAGGAUAGCCUGCCAGUCAGGAUGGAGGUGGCAUAUGCGGACGGGUUCAAGCACUGGACUUACAAAUUCGUCGAUUUCACUCCUUUCGUCAGGACCCACAGCCUUCUGGAGCCUCCCCGCGGCAUGGCGUGUGAGGCCAUCACGGGCAUAGUGGACAUCGGGCCUGUGCCAGUCAUCCCCAAGCACUUCAGUUUGGCCGAGGAGGUGCUGUUGAACUCUCUCAUCGAUGGCGUGGACUUCGGCUACCAGUACUUGGAGAGUGUGCAGAUGACCUACGCCGGGGAGAUCUCGCUGGUGAGUGUCCUCGCGACCCUUCCCUACGACAACUGGGCCCACACCGCCUUCGCCGUCAAGGUCAUACACGACUUCAACACCGGCGUCCAGUACAUGAUCUUCAAAGAAUUCGGAAACUGCUCGAGAGACUUCAUACCUGAAUUCGCCUUUGACACACACUUCGGCGGGUUCCUGGGCGCGGGCGACACCUUGCUCGCGCCCAACGAAAUGUUCCACCUGGACGACAAGUUUGCCUUCGUGGGGGAGCGCAUAAGCCGGGACAUCAUAGGCGACCUGUGGACCUCGACGCGCAAUGAUAUCCCGGACAUCAGCACGGGCGGCAUGCAGAACUACGAGAAGGCGGUGCUUGAGUACUACUUCUUGAAGGACCCGGAGAGGUUGCCAUCGGGGGAGUUCACCUUUACUGACCUUCCCUUCCGCGGUGACCUCUUCAUCUACAACAAGUCCAACCCGAAGGAGGUCGUUGGCACCGUCACCACCAACUUCUUCGACUUCCGCGAGGUGAACCUCUUCUCGCCGGAGGAGUUCUCGGUGGAGGAGUGUUUCGAGCGCUACGACGAUGACUGGUCCUACAUGGACAUAUUCUUUCCGGCGAAAAAGAAUAACCAGCUGACGGCGGCGGCGGAGGAGCAGACCCGCUUCAAGCACGAGGUGAUGCUUAAGAUGAUAAAGAUCGGCAGACUCUCGCCCGUCAGGAUAGCCUCCAUAGACGUCAGUACCGGCACGAGCGGGGUCAUUCCCAACACAACCAACGCCGAUAUGGUCAUCGCCACUGUCAAGCUGCUAGAGAGAGCCCCCUACAUCUACUCCUAUAGGCAACCCCCCGACGAGAUAGACCCCGUGCCCGGCGUGAACCAGAAGGUGUUCAACAACCUGAUGAGAAUCGAAGACUGCGCCACCAUCUGCUCCUCGACACACCCCUCAACUGCAAGUACGUCGUUCCACCACUGCGACGACAGCUGUUACUUCAGUCAGCUGGAGGGCCCGGACGGCGAACCAGUAGAGGGCCUGGACGGACAUUGCGAACACUGGGUAUUUGAUCUUCAGAACCAGACCGUGGAGGACUACCCCAGCGAGAUGGUCUACAAGGAGGUGUUCGAGGCGAUCAAGCACGGGGAUUUCAUCUUUGACGUGCCCUACAAGAACAACACGGUCCAGGUUGGCUACGAGGCGAAUAUGAUGCUGCAUUACCGAACGCCUGACCCCUUGGACCCGAUCAGGAUGCAGUUCAUGCUGGAGAACAGGCUGAUGACUGUAGCGGACCCGGACGACACGAUUGCGGUGGCGGACCUGACGGAGUGCAUGGUGCUGUGCGUGGGCUGGCUUCGGUACCGCUGCGAGACUAUCAUUCACCAGCGCGACGAGGGGCUGUGUCUGCUGCUGUCCCGCCACUACCACGAGCUAAACCAAACGGAGCUGGUGCCGCACACACACUCCUACAUCCACGGCCGUGACUCUGACUACAACCCCAUCCUCGGCGGCGUGGCCCUCAACUCCACGGGGCCGACCUACUCCCCUGUGGAACACCUGGAGACGUGCGCCAGACACUGUUCCGUAGAGACCAGCAUCACGUGCCAGAGCUUCGAGUACUGCCCGUCCAACCAGAUUUGUCACCUGCACGCCGAGCACUUCCUGGACGUAGUGGAUGACGGCGACUACACCACCGGGACGGCCUGCAUACACUUCUCCCGCAAGACGGACAGCGACUUCACCAAGUACGAGGACCAAGGCCUGACGCCCUCGCUGCACUGGGUCGUGGCGCGCUUCACCAGCUCCGAGGCCUGCGCCAAGAUGUGCAUAGAAGACGCGAACGAGGUAUGCCAGAGCUACGACUUCUGCGCUAAAUGCAACAACAACAACGUGGGUGUGUGCGGCGAGGAGAACGUGAACGGGACUGGCCUCUGUUUCCUCGCCACGCACCACCUCGGCGAGUCCGGCCUGUCCCUCACCACCGCCAAAGGAUGCGACCACUACGACCGUACCACAUUCGGGGACCAGGACUACGCUAGCUGGAUCGCCGGGCAGAAAGAACCCAGCAAAUCCUACACGGGAGGGGCCAUGACGGGACUGGCGUUCGGCAUGAUCUUCCUGGGCAUCCUGCUCGCCGUGGGCUUCCUGGUAGCCAUCACCACCUUCAGGCCCGCCUCCGUGCCCAAGGACUUCGAGCUGUCCUUCACCAAGCUCAAGACGUCGGGCGAGUCGGACAUAUAAGGAGUAGCAGGUGGAGGAGGAGGAGGAGGAGGAGGAGAUGGGUAACCAGAAGGGGGAAAUAACUUAACCGAUCAUUCUAUUUUCUUUCGAGGGAGCAACGUUUAGCGGGCUCUUUAUUUUUUGUUGUUGUUUAUGCGGUUGAGUUACUUAAUUUGCUGCAAAAAGAAUAACUUAACCUAGCCUAGCCUAGCCCCGAGGAGGACGAAGAGGGGGAAGAAGAGAAGGAAGAAGAGGAGGAGAAGGAGGAGGAGGAGGAGGGGGAACAGGAGAGGGGAAAAAAUCCAACAUAACCUAACCCAAAUAUUUAGACGCAGACGGAGGAGGAGGAGGAGGAGGGGACCUAACCUAACCUAACCAGGCAAAAUCUAUCAUCAAAUGAAGAAGAAAAGAGUAGGAGGAAGAGGGAAUGAAGGAGGAGGGAAGCUAGCGAGGGAGAAGAAAACCUAACCUAACCUAACAUAACCUAUCCUACCCUAGCCUAGCCUAACCUAACCUAACCUAACCUAACCUAACCUAGCCUAGCCUAACCUAUCCUACCCUAGCCUAGCCUAACCUAACCUAUCCUACCCUAGCCUAGCCUAACCUAACCUAACCUAGCCUAGCCUAACUGAGCCUAACCUAACCUAGCCUAACCUAACCUAGCCUAAUAUAAUCUCCAGUGAAUCAGAAAGGCAGAAAGAGAAGAAGAAAAAGUAGAAGUAAAGAAAGAAAAAGAAGAAAAAAAGGAGUAGAUAAAGAGAAAGAAGAGAAGGAGGAGGGGUAAGAGAAAGACAACAUACCCAAACCUAACCUUAGUAGAAUCAACCAUCAAAUACGAAUAAAGUAGAUAAAAGUAGAUAAAGUAGGAUAAAGUAGAUAAAGAGAAAGGAGAGAAGGACGAGGAGGAGGAGGGAAAGAGGAAACAUACCUAAAUCUAACCUUAGUAGAAUCAAUCAUCAAAUACAAUAGGAUCAGAAGGUGCAGGAUUAGGAUUAGAAGAAGCGAAGGAUAAUGAGACGAGAGAAGAAGAGAAGAAGAUGAAAGAGAAAGAGGAAGAAGAGAAUAAUGAAAGGAGCAGAAGUAGAAAAGGAAGAGGAGGACAACAACAUAAAUAAAGGAGAAGGAAAAGAAGGAAGGAGAGAAUGGAAGAGAAAGUGAGGGUGAGAAAAAGGAAGAAGAGGAAGAGGAAGAAGAUAAUGAGAGAAGAGGGAGAUAACAACAUGGGUAAAUUAGGAGGAAGAGGAGAAGAGAGAGACAUUACGACGAAAGCAGGAGGAGAAAGAGGAAGAAGAGGAGGAAGAGGGGAGAGGAGGAAGAGGAAAAACAGAAGAUAAUGACGCGGAGGAUGACAUCAAAGGAAAGGAGGAGGAGGAGGAGGAGGAGAGGGCGAAGGAGACAAAGACAAACUAAAGAUGAGAGAGAGAGAGAGAGAGAGAGAGAGAGAGAGAGAGAGAGAGAGAGAGAGAGAGAGAGAGAGAGAGAGAGAGAGAGAGAGAGAGAGAGAGAGAGAAAA